GCCACCAAAGGCAACCGCCGACGGUUUUGUACGAAAUGGAUUGACAAUCCAAACAACCGUCGUCGAUCAACUGCAGACAGAGAGGGAGUUACUUCGACGACAGGCAGAUGGGAUCCGUGGUGGGCACGGCGGCGAGCGGCGUGGGCACGCUGCUCGGCGGCGCCGUCGCCGCGCCCUUCAGGGCCAUCCUCGGCGCGUCCUGCGAGGGCGUCUGCUCGGGGACGUGGGACGUUGCCUGCUUCCUGGAGCACCUCUGCGCCGCCAGCCUGGCCAGGCUCUUCAUGGUCAUCGUCCUCACCUACGUCGUGCUCUUCUUCGCCUACCUCGUCUGCAAAGCCGGGAUCGUCCGCUGCGUCGCCAAGAACGCCUGCAAGGUCGCCGGCGCCGCGUGCUCCGGCUGCUGCCACGCACUGAAGGGAUCCUCGUGCUUCCUCUGGCGCAAGCUGCGGGACACCAAGCGCGUGUACCAUGGCCGCCGCCGCCGGCGGCAUCCGGACGUGGAGACGGGAGCGGGAGAUUGGGGCUCCGACGAGGAGGAGAGCGACGGCGAUGGUGGCCACGGUCAUGGUACAAGGAGGUGGGGCAGAGCUAGAGAGGGGUCGUCGUCGUCGUCGGUGAGGGAGAGGAGGAAGGACAGGCUGCGCCGGUCGCUGCGCCUCAGGAGACUCGUCUCGCACAAGGAGCAGUAUGCUACGGCGAGGAGCCAUGGGGCCGGAAGGCACCACCGCGGCAGGGGCGGGGUGCCGUCCACGUCGCUGCGUGUUGACGACGGGAGGAAGUUUAAGCGCGUCCGUAGAUAAACUGUCUUCAACGGAGUAGUUCAAUUCAUUUAUCGGCUUUGGUAAAAGAAAAUGCUUGAUAUC